AUGAUUAGUUAAAUAAAUGUAUGCGUAAUAAUGGUUUCUUAAUUAAAUAAUUUGAAGCGAUUCCUUGCUUGUCAACUAAGAGCAUAGCUCAUUGGACAAUUUUGUAUAUUUAAUAUACAGGGCAUUCUUAUACUUUAAACAAGGAACAUUAAUUUAUCAACGAUGAAUUGUCAAAACCAUAAUGAAUUUCAGUUAAAUGACUUAUUAACAAUUGUAAAUAAAAUGUUUGAAAAGUCAUUUGUUAUUAAUGACGAUCACAAAUACACACUUCCAAAGCCUGAAUCAAUGUUUGUUGAACAGCACUGGAAAAUAGAAGAAUUACAAAAAAUCAAAACAGAUUUAAACGAAAUUAAGUCAAAAUUAAAUAACUAUUGCUAUUCUGACUGGCAUGUACACACCGCUAAAAGAAAUAAAGCAAAAAAUAUUCAAUUCUACAUACAGCGACAUUUCCAUCUUGAAUUUGUCACACAAGCUUGGUGUAAAUUUCAUGAAAUUAUAUCCAAAUAUCCAUUGAUUCGAUCUGAAAGUAUUUUAAGAAAUAAUAAUAAAUUUGUUUCGUUACAUUUAUGCGAAGCUCCAGGUGCAUUUAUAUCAUGCUUGAAUCAUUGGCUGAAAACAAAUUUUCCACUUGUGGAUUGGAAUUGGUUAGCAAUGACAUUGAAUCCAUAUUACGAGGGUAAUUGUAAUAAUGAAAUGAUAAGUGAUGAUCGUUUCAUAGUGAAUACAUUAGAAAAUUGGUUUUUUGGUCAUGACGGUACUGGAAAUUUAAUGAAUAUUGAAAAUUUGGAUGCACUUGUCGAGAAAAUAAAACACAAAGGAAAAGUUGAUUUAAUCACAGCAGAUGGUAGCGUAAAUUGCGUCGAUGAUCCUGGUGAACAAGAAAAGAUUGUAGCUAAUCUUCAUUUUUGUGAAGUUGUAGCUGCUGUACAUAUGUUGAAUGUUGGAGGAAGUUUCGUAUUAAAAAUUUUUACUAUUUUUGAACAUCAAUCUAUUUGUUUAAUUUAUUUUUUAUCUUGUAUUUUUAAGAAAGUUCAUUUUUAUAAACCUGUUACCAGCAAAGAAGGAAAUUCAGAAGUUUAUGUAAUAUGUUUAGAAUUUGAAGGAUUAGAAUUCGUAGGUCCAUAUUUACCUAUACUUAGAACGGUCUUUGGGAAACAUUCUGAUACAGCAAUUUUUAAAAAGAAUGAUAUACCAGUUAGUUUCAUUACGCAAAUAAUAUCUUGUGCUCAACUUUUCAAAGAUCAUCAAUGCCAAGUAAUAGAAGAUAACAUUGCAUCUUACAAUGGUUCUACAGAUGCAAAUGACAACGCUAUCUCAAAGAAAAUUUUUGAAUUAGUUGUUCAUAAAUUUGUAUUUGCUUUUCCACUACAAAUAUUACCUGCCCAACUUCAAAUUGUUGGAAAUUCUAAAUUACGUCGUAUUGCAUAUAAAUGUUGGGAAUCAGAAUGUCAGUCUGAUUCAUUCAGUGAAAGACAAAAAAAACAAUUAUUAAAACCAAUCGAUUGUUUGUUGAAUUAUACAAGAUGCUUCAUAAAUGCCUCGAAACCACUUUUACAAACAUUCGUUUUCAAAUCUAACCAGCUUCAAAUCAAAACUUGUGUUACUGUAGGAAAACCAUUUAAAAGAAUAAACAAUUCAAGAUUUUGUACUGUUCAAACUGUGGAUAUUUUUAAUCUGUUAUUUGAAAUAGCUGGUAUGGAACAAAAUGUUGAAUUGUAUUUACCCACUAAAGAAGAUAUAAUGGAAUAUGAAAUAAAAAUAAAAAAAUCUUUCAACGAUUCAUACAAAAUUAUACAUUUUCGAUUUAAUGAAUUAUAUAAAAAUGAUGAAAUAAUUACUCUUAUUAAAGAGACUCUCACGAAGUUGCAAAAAGGCGAUAAUUUAAUCUUACUUGGAUUCCUUUUAUUAACUCAAUUUAAUGUGGGCAUAAUUUAUCUUCUGGCAAAUACUUUCCAUUCUGUAGAAUUUAAUACAAACGAAGAAGUUGGCUAUUCAGUGAUUUUAAAAAACUUUAUAAGUGAAGACCUUAUUUUACAAGAAAUAGAACAAAUACAUAAAAUUGCAAAAGACGUUAAUAAAAGUAAUGCAAUUGUUUUUUCAAUCAUUUCCAUAACAGAAUUAUAUGAUUCUGAAUUAUAUCCUAUAAUUGUAAAUCUUAAUAAGUGGAUAUCACAGUACUGUCUAAAUUUCACUGACUUCGUACACAAAUACAAACAAUGUGCCUUUUCGCAAACAUAGAAAACACUUGUUUAUAUACCUUUUUUUCACUCAUAUACAAUCAUAGAAAGUGGCAGUCAAAUUGUAUAAUAUUAAUGAGCAAGAUGACGAAUCAGUUGGUUCACUGAAAUAUAAUGUAACUAAAUAUGAUUGUAUGAUGUAAAUAAAUGAA